GAACCUAGUCACACCGGCCCAGAACCCGGAACAUAAACCAGACCAGAACCCUGUUAAACAGACCGGUCAGGUAAAGUUUUCUAAACCCUGGAUAAAAACCUGUGCGUAAUUGCUCAGUAACGUUCGACGAUAAGCAAGAAUUUAUGAAGGGGACCACUCCUCUUGUCUGUAUCUAGGAUUGCGGUGUUACCUCCUGAAGCAAGAACAAGGGGACUUUGGGAUAAGUGGGCCAGGGCUAUCAUUUUUCUCAUGCAAUGAAACCAACGCAACUGGUGGAUGUAAUUGACCUUGUGGUAGUACGUCGGUAUGAUUGGACAAUGCCUACAAAGACUCACGACACACUACAAGUAGAAACAGAGAGCGUGAGGAGAGAGAUGGCGAUAAUCACAUUAACCUGCAACUCCAAGGUCUCUCUAUUUCAGCCUUUUUCUUCCAAUGCUGCUUCCUUUGGUACCAAUAGCUCACACUGCCAUGUACGGAGUGUGGCUGGUACAUCCUGCAAUGGAAGGCCUGAAGACAGGGCCGGAAGAGCCGUGGUUCGGGCACAGCAGCGCCCAACGUGGCUCCCGGGGCUAGACCCUCCACCUUAUCUCGAUGGAACUUUGGCUGGAGACUUCGGGUUCGAUCCACUGGGGCUUGGAGAGGAUCCGGAGAGCUUGAGGUGGUACGUACAGGCUGAGCUGGUUCAUGCUCGCUUUGCCAUGGCGGGUGUAGCUGGAAUUCUCUUUACUGAUUUACUUCGUGUAACGGUUAUAAGAGACCUACCUGUUUGGUAUGAAGCAGGAGCAGCCAAAUACCAAAUCGCCAAUGCACAGACGCUGUUCAUCAUUCAACUGAUCCUAAUGGGAUAUGCUGAAACUAAAAGAUACAUGGAUUACAUUAGCCCUGGAUCUCAAGGUCAGGAGGGUUCCUUCUUCUUUGGAAUGGAAGCAGCACUAGAGGGCUUAGAACCUGGGUAUCCUGGUGGUCCUCUGUUGAAUCCUCUUGGCCUGGCUAAAGAUAUUAAGAACGCUCGCGACUGGAAGCUUAAAGAGAUCAAGAAUGGAAGGUUAGCUAUGGUGGCCAUGCUCGGCAUCUUCGUGCAGGCCUCUGUGACCCGUGCAGGACCCAUUAACAACCUUGUGGAGCACCUCUCUGAUCCGUGGCACCGAACCAUCAUUCAGACCCUUGCUAAUUCCUCUUCUUAAACAUCCAUAGAAGUUAAAACACAUCUGCAUUGUAAAACGAUUUUAUUGGAAUUACAGAAUCCGUUGUUGCCAUAUUUUGACUGCCAUUAACAUCGAGCAGACGAUUACAUUCAGUUCAUAUUUAUUUGAUGGGGUUCAUUGUUUUGCA